AUGAAGCCCACCCAAGCUCUCGGAAAGAAACUCACGCGCCUGGCGCUCACUACGAAACAGACCAACAAGGGAUACUACAAGGGAACGGGAACUGGCUCGACUGGACGGCACACGAAGCAUGGAGGGUACAUAAUCGAUUGGGACAAAGUCAGGACAUAUGUCGUACCGGAGAACUUGAAGGAUUUCAAGCUUACGCCGUUUGUUACGAGGAGGAUUGAGAAGUCCAGGGGGCAGUUUCCGGGAGACCCCAAAGGGGCGUUCAGCGGAGAGGCGUAUUUGAAGAAGUGGAAGGAUGAGGGUGGAGAGUCAUGA